AGGAGGAUACAAUUCAAGGGGGCAAUUUGAACCAAUCUUUAAGCAUAGAUCUGCUUUGUUGGAUAUUACGUGUUAUGCCGGAUAUAAGUCGCGCGACGGUAUUGACAUCUACCCGGGCCUUGAAUGCAGCGUUCUACGUUAUCUGUAGACAGACAAUUUUCACGUUGACCCAUUAA